AUGAACCGAUUGGCUAGUAUUCCAGAUAAUGAAAUUGAAAAUCCCAGGAAGAAAAAACGAGAGACUCAAUCUGGUGAAAAACCUCAAUUGAAGCACCAACCUGUGUUGAACCCUAUGACCACUGAGUUCGAAGAUGAAUUCUGGCCACUUUCAGGGAAACCAUACUUUGAUGUGGUUCUUACAAAAGCACAUGUCAAGCCGGCAUUUAAUAUGGCCGUGCCAGUGAAAUUAUACCAACUGCUUCCUUCUGCUGCGGUGCCUGCCGUUAUCACAUAUUGUGGCCAGAACUGGCGGACUGUUUACCAUGGAGACCGUAGCCAAAAAAGGUUUGAUAUCAGUUGGAAAGCAUUUGUGAUUGACAAUGAUCUAAAGAUGGGGGAUGCACUCGUAUUUGAACUUAUCGAGUGCAGUCGUGUGAAACUCAAGUUCCGAGUUCAAAUUCUCAGAGGUGACUUUCCAGCUGAAUUGAUGGCUGGGGUACAUGGUGAGACCUCAGACAAUCCGAUCUUUAUUCAAUAAAAUUCACAUUUUUUCACAUGUUAAUUUUUGUUACAAGCUUUUAUUAACGACUUGUAUUUGGAACUUGAGCCAAUCACAUCUACUGUUUGACGUACUGGGAUUGGAAUUUCUUUUGUUCAUGUUAGUGCAUUAUGCUGGUUAUGCUCUCGCUAACAAUCUAUUCCACGCAAGGUGGGUGUUGCCAGUUUCUUUUGAAUGUACAGUACUUUCAGUAGAGAAGACUCUUAUAUUUUUU